AUGUCCCGCGUAUAUCGCCAUCCACAGAACGUAGACAUCCCAAACAUAGACCUGCUAUCAUUGUUGUUUGAUUCUGAACUCUGCGCGGCACAAGAAGAUACUCCGCUUCACUUCUCAGCUACCAAUACAUCAAUAUUCCUGACCAAAGCUUCCCUCCGAGCUCUCGCCGAACGUAUCGCAUUCUUCCUGCAAUCACGCUUCGGCGUCGGAGCCCAGGGCCGCAAUAAAGAUGUUGUCGUUGUCAUGACGAGCGGACAGCCCGCUGCCCCUGCUGCGUUUUAUGGUAUUAUUGCGGCGGGUGGAGUUUUCUCAGCCGCAAGCCCUAGCUUUACACCCGAAGAGCUGGUCCGGCAGAUCAAGCAGGGCAAAGGCAAUCUGGUUGUAGUUAGCGAAGAUUCGAAAGAAGUUGGCAUCAAAGCUGCGAAGAUAUGUGGCAUUCCGUUGAAAAGAGUGCUAGUCUUGACUAGUGAGCCCGAGUGGGGGCUGAAGACCCUGGAAGGGGGGUUGGCGCUGAACUGGAAGACGGGAAACAGGCUGACGUGGAAGAGGGUAACGGAUUAUGAGGAGUUGAAAAAGAGUCUGAUUGUUUUGCUCUACUCGAGUGGGACGACAGGCGUCCCAAAGGGUGUCAUGCUUUCUCAUCUCAACCUAGUCGCUGAGCUAUACAUACCGUCUGUACAAGGUCGCGAAUGGGCCGCAAAAGAAGUCGAAGAAGGCCGGGAAUUACCAGAAUAUCGAACACUAGCCCACCUCCCUGUAGCUCACAUCGCCGGCUUAUACGGAUAUUUCAUCGCGCCGACAUACUCCGGCGGCGCCGUCUACUGGAUGCGAAAGUUCUCGUGGAAGCCAUUCUUACAGCACAUGAAAGACUUGCAGAUCACCAUUUUCUACACCGUUCCUUCGAUCUUCCUCCGGAUCGCAAAAUCGGCAGACGUCACGGACCAGUUCCGGACUGUGCAGACAGCUAUCACUGGAGCAGCACCCAUGGAUGGUGAACUUCAACAGGCUGCGAAUGCAAAGCUAGGGACAGGAGACGUGCGAAUCAGCCAGACUUGGGGCCUAAGUGAAACGACGGGUGCGGUGACGAUUAUGCCGAGGGGAGAUAGUGAUAUUACUGGCAGCAUAAGUCCGAUAAUGCCAAACAUGGAAAUGAGGAUUGUGAACGAGGAGUGGCAUGACGUCGAUCCCGGUCAGCCAGGCGAAGUCAUCGUCCGCGGUCCAUUGGUAACACAAGGCUACUACGACAAUCCCAUCGCGACACAAGAAACGUUCCACGACGAUUGGUUCUGCACCGGCGAUAUUGCAGUGGAUCGAGGAGGCAAAUUUUACAUCUUAGAUCGAAAGAAGGAGCUCCUGAAGUAUAAAGGCCUUCAGAUUGCUCCGGCCGAACUAGAAAGCCUAUUAGACACUCAUCCUGCCAUCCAAGAAGCCGCCAUAGUCGGUGUACCCAUCGAGGGUGGCUCCGAAGUGCCUCGCGCGUACAUCGUCGCAGACCCAGGGAAGAUCAGCGAAAACGAGGUCAAAGACUUUGUUAAAAGCAAGUUGGCAAACUAUAAGCAGUUAAGAGGCGGCGUAGUGUAUGUGGAUGAGUUGCCGAAAAACGCUAAUGGUAAGAUUCUACGAAGGGAGUUACGCGAUCGUGCGAAGAAGGAGGUAGGGCAGGUGUCGGCGAAACUAUGAGCAGGACCUGCUCUGAAACGAAUAGAACAGACCCAAAAGAGAAGUAUUGACUCGACCGAGAUGAUCAAAGCCUCGUCGUGUUGUAGCCUGUCUAUGUCAGACUUGGUGCGCUUUGCUCCGAGUAGCGCUUUACUCCGAGUAACCCUCACAAUGAGCUGCGUGAAAUGACCGAGUCAACUGCCUCCAAUACUUCGUAACCACGUUGCAGGACACAUUUCAUACAUAUUAACUACUACU